AUGCACACAACGGGUGCGUCGGCGGCAGGGCCACCACCAGUGACGGGGGCACCGGUGGCACCAACAGCGGGGGCAGCUAGUGAUGUGUUUUUCCGAGCGCUGCCCUUUCUGGACGAGAAAUGGAUCAAGGCGGACGUUGGCAGCGCACUGCGAAGUGCGGAAGAUUUGGCAAACUUGUGGAACCACCUGAUCCAGGAUGAAGAAAUUAGCACCGUGCGGUGGGUUACGGCGACCAACACCAACGGUGAUGUGGCCUACCAGCGCCCGGAUGGACGGUACUACUGCGGGGCAACCAACCUGAACUGCUCCUGCUGCAAAGGGUUUUGUGGGCCCAGCUCCGAGUGCAUCUGUACAGCGUGUCAGUCGCUAGAGCUGGAUGCGGACACUUCCGGAAUGAUGGUUGCCAACGGCAACGGGAGCAGUGGAUCGGCGAGAAAGUUCCACGCACAAAGUCCCGUCAAUCCAUCGUCGCUGACGUCCAGUCCGAGCUCGGUUCUGCUAGACUCGUGGCUGUGGAGUCCUGUCCCUGGCGUGGAAGAGAAGCGAGCCUGCAUCGGCAAACUGCUGGCGGAACAAAGAGAAAUAUGUCUGCAGGCGGCCGGUAACUGCCUCACGGCCAACCGAACUCGUCAGCUACUGUACGUAUACCGGAGGUACUUCGUGGCCCUGCAACGCUGCAAACCGGAUGAAAGGGCGGAAGAAAGGCAGCAUUCCUUGGAGCUGGUCACGAGCGACUGUGAUGCCGCAAGACUACUGAGUAAAAACUCUAGCCUCGAUCGGGGUGGUCCGGUGGGUGCUGGUCCGGGGAAGGACUGCGACAAGGCCACGUUCGGUCUGGCUCGCGUUGGUACGCGGGCAGCACUAAACUUUUCGUUCGCCUUUCUGCGCCGUGCCUGGCGCUCGGGUGAGGACGUGGAACUGUGCAGCGAGCUGCUCCUGGAGGCACUGGAAGCGCUGCAAACCCUACCGGAAGCAUCCCUGUUCGAUACGUCACACAUGUCAACGCUGUGGAUUGAGGUGGUGGAGAAGUCGAUCAAAUUUCUGCGCCAGGUUGUGCUCGGUGACGUCAUGGGCGGUCGUUGCCUGGUGCCGAAGGCCGACCGGCACAUUGCGCUCAAUCUGCUGCUCGAACUCGGCGCCCAGAAGGGUACGCUCGGUGGCUCGCUGGAGGGUGUUUCGCUGCUACUGACGCUCCACGAGAAAGACCAACAAUCGGAAGACAAUCGCAGUCCCCCGCAGAACACGGGCGCUCCCCUUGUGCCCCUUUUGCGACGCUACGAACAGAUUGACAGCUUCGGUGCGUUCAACUCAUCCGAUUCGUUCCAGUUCGGGCCGACCGAAUCAUUUCUGCGGUUCCUCACGCUGCCGGAUAACGACACCACCACCGUCGACUUGCGCCAGGCGGCCGUCAUCAUCGUGAGUCACCUGGACCGCCUCGCCAAGCCACAUCUGCCCGCCGGGAAUUGCUCGACGAAGGUCGCCAAAUCGAAUGCACAGAAAAUGUUCACCCUCGGCUGGAGCGCCUGCUCACCGGAACUGUACGGAUUUACGGCUACCGAACCGGCCACGACUACCACCACCUAUUCCGGUGAUCUGAUUGCCGGCUCCACUCCAUCGCGCUACUCCACGGCCACCAUCGACCUACCGGCCGGAGUGCAGGUCCGGCAGGUGGUUGGCACCGAGAACUGCAUCUACAUCCUAACCGGCAGUGGCCAGGUGUUGUCACUGCCUGCCUCACACACUACCUGCGGCUCAGCAACGCCGGACAGUAGCGCCGGACAGCCCAAACCGGUCGAAGGCAUCGAGUGCGCCAACAUCGUGCAACUGGCAGCUCAUUGCGAAGGUCGCCACGUGCUGGCCCUGACGGCCACCGGUGACGUGUUCUCGUGGGGUGCUGGCGACGGAGGUCGCCUUGGCCACGGUGAUACGAGCGCAAAAGAGUUACCGACUCGGAUUGUAGCCCUCUCCGAGCGGCAGGUCACGGGCGUGUUUGCUGGCGCAUCGUACAGUGCGGCCGUAACGAGCACCGGAGAACUGUACACCUGGGGCCGGGGGACGUACGGGCGACUGGGGCACGGUAACUCGGAGGACAAACACUUGCCGACGCUCGUGCAAGCGCUCAAGCAGCACCGCGUAGUGCACGUGGCGCUGGGAUGCGGUGACGCACACUCCCUGUGCGUGACCGAUGCCGGAACCGUGUUCGCGUGGGGUGACGGAGACUUUGGAAAGUUGGGCAAUGGUUCCAGCAACGGAUCGCCGGUUCCGAUCGCGAUCGAGCUGGCCCCCGAAGGUAGCCCGCCGGCCGUGAAGGUAUACUCCGGUUCGCACUUCAGCGUCGCACUCGGUCGCGACGGGACGGUGUACAGCUGGGGCAAAGGUCACGGUGGACGGCUGGGUCAUGGUCACUCGGAGCACACGGCAACACCGAAGGCUAUCGAAGCGCUCGAGGGCAAAAAAAUUGUCGAUCUGGCCGUAGGCUUGGCCCACUGUCUGGCGCUGAGUGCCGCGGGCGAACUGUACGGUUGGGGUCGAAACGAUUUCCAGCAAAUCUGUCCCGCUUGUGUGACGCGCGAUCCGAUCGUCCCGACACCGAUACUGACCACGCCGCCGACACUGCGCAUUGCCGGUAUGGCAGCGGGCGCCGCUCAGAGCAUCGUCUGGUGCCACUCGUCCACCCUCGGCAUCCCGUCGAAGAUUCCGUUUGUCGUAGACCUGAGUGAGCACACGUUCCGCCUGCUCGAUCAGCUACUGUGCGUGGUUUGCGGUGGUUCGCAGACCCUGGGGACUAACGAUGGCGCGCGUCAUCCGCCGAGUCAGGAAGCGGAGUGCAUUGCUGUUGCUUCGCUGAACCUUCUCCGGCUGCAGCUACACGCCAUGAUCGUGAACAAUGUGCAACCGCGUCAAGUCGGAUUGGUGGAGGGCUCCCGCCUGUUGGCCAGCCUGAAAACGCGCAUUCUCGGCCUUGCCGGUGGUCCGGUGGUGCUGAAAACGAUGCAGGAAGCAGCCCAGUGGACCCUGCAGGUUGGCUGGAGCAUCAUUCUGCCCACGGCUUCGGAACGAGCGCAAACUCUCACUUCGCUGCUACCAUCUUCCGGCCACGAAGGCACGGCACCGACCGCCGGUGCUGCGACAAGCGCCGGCCAUCGGUUCAUGACGGAUCUGCUCGUCGGUUCACUGAUGGCCGAAGGUGGUCUCCAGACGGCCCUCAAUCAGGCCAUCAAUCAUCACCAGAACCACCAACAGCGACCGCUGGACGCGACCGGUAGCGGUGGUGGAACCACCACCCAUCUGUCGCUGUUGCAUCUGCUCAAGCAGCUACUUCGGAACAAUUCCAGCCUAACGCAGGCUCGACUCGGUCAACUCAUGCUCGGCCCAUACCUAAAGGUCGACGAAGGCUUCACAUCGCCCGAGCCUCCGUCACCCAGCUUGGAUCUGCUGCACAAGUUUCAGCGUUUGCUGCUGUCCUAUCUGUACGCCUCGCAGGCCGACGAUCUGGGCGGUGCCGAGGCCCUGCUCUACACGUACAUCCAACAGCUGGUCGGUCCGUGCGUCGCGACGCUUGGCCGAGCGUACGAAACGAUCCUACAGGGCAAGGACGGUGUGGCGGAUAUCCUUGCCAGCGACAUCUCCGAUGCGCUGCUCCACGAGCUCAUCAUCGGGCUGGUGUUGAUCCUGCAGGACAAACCGUUGUUGUUGGCCAAUUUUGACUGGAAUCGGCACCUGAUUCCGCUGCUGAGCGCACUGGACGGGUUCAAUCGGUUGACGGCGGACGGUGAGCAGCAGGACACGGACGAUAUGGGCUGGCCGGGCAUUAUCUGCCGCGGAGCGGCCAAACCGCUGCCAGCGCAGGAGGAAACCGUGCUCAUCCGGCGAAGCGACAUCGACAAUCAUCUGCGCGACGGUGGCCACUGGGUGAUUAUCCACGGGAACGUGUACGACGUGAAGGACUAUCAAGCGGACAGCGCACCGACGGCCGAACUGCUGCAGUGCAGUGGUGGCAAGGAUAUAUCGCUGGAAAUCGGCAACCCGCAGCACCGGGCCGCGUUCGAGUUUAUCUCCUCGUAUCUGCGUGUCGGCCGCUAUGCCGUUACGGAGCUGAGCGAUGGUGCGGCCAGUCCCCGCCCUAUGGUCACGCUGACCCACUUUCACACUGAGUGUCUGCUGGCGUACCUGUUGGGUUUGCGGGCGGCCAUCCUGCAGGUCGGCUCACGGUUGCAGCCGGCCGAACUGCAGUGCCACAACCGGCUCAACUCGAACGUGCUGAGCGGUGGCCUGCAGGUGUUGCAACCGACGAAUCCGUUCGACGAAGAAAAGGGGGAAGCGCGCAGCAGUGGCUCUACGGCCGGCAGUACGCCAACCGAUGCUUCCACGCAGCUCCCGAUCGGCCACACGUGCGGUGACGUGCCGAUGGUUGCCAACUGGCCCCUGAUGCUAAUUUCGCAGCGCAUCGAUACGCUGCUGGCGAACCUGGGCGAGGGCAAGGUCACUGAUCCACUCGUCCUGGCCUGGCUGGCGGUCUGCGAACGGUACUGCAAGGAGAAUCAUCUCAUCUGGCACCAGGAAUUUCCUCCCGAGCAUCCUGUCGUGGAGCUGGAACGGCUGCUCAUGGCCGUACUGGUUCGCCACCAGGCGCUCGGCCAACUCGCGCUGGCCGUCGUCGAUCGCGAGCUGAGCGGGAUCGGAUCAAAACCACCACCACCGGCGGUGGUAACCAUCAUCCGUACGGUACACCAGACCAAGUGGGCAAUAGUGAAGAUGCGCCAGCAGCUGAAUCGCAGCUACAAGGAAGUGUGUGCCCCGAUGAUCGACAAGUGUCGCUUCCUGCUGUACGAAGUUCGCCCCGCCAUCAGUCUCGAACAGCACGGGUUGGCUCGGCUGCACGUGCUGCACCGCUUGCCCCGCUUCAAGGGUCUGGUGCGCCGCAUAAUCCGCGAUCUGCGAACCGCCAAGCGGCAGCUGCGGCUCGCGUGCGCCGCCAAACCCGAGGACAUCGUUAACGUGACCAUCCAGAGCCAGCAGCUGCUGACCGGAUCGCUCAAAAUCCAAUCGCAGGAGAAUCUCAGCAAUAGCCUCAAGCAUCUUCACCACGGCGGUUCCGGUGGCGGCACCGGCGGCGCACUGUCGACCGAAAAUCUAGUCAACGAAGGGCUGAUCAAAGUAGCGAGUCUAGAGAGUCUCAGCUCAGCAGGCCACCAACACCACCACCACGUCGCUACACCACGUUCGGUGGAUCGAUCGGGGUCGCCAGUGAUUUUGCUUAGCAACAACACAGCGGCACUAACAAAGCAGCCUACGGGUGAAGUGGAAAAUGCGUUACUCAACGGUUCCGAUGGUGGUGUAGCGGUUGAAGCAGACAGUGGCCGCGAUCCGGUGACGACGAUGACCGGUGGUGGUGAGUUCCCCCCGAUCGGCACAGCUCCACCGCCAGCGCCGACGGUCGAUGGGAGUGCGAAGAAAACCAUUUCCUUCACCCACGAGCACGAAGAGCAGAUUAAAACGCCAACGAACGAAAUAAUCGAGUUCGGUGCACCGGGAACCGUUCCGAAGAAGGGGAACGAUGGCCACUCACAGGAUGCCGCAGGUGACGGUGCCGGUGCCGGGGGCGGCAUCGACGGUGAGUUUAUCAAUAGUGUGAUUACAAAUUUGAGUGAAAAGUGUCUGCUGGCGUCGUACCCGGCCGAGUUUAAGCAAGACAUCAGCCAGCAGAUCGUGGACUUUAUUCUGCACGAUCAGUGCGACGUGGAAACGUUGCGUCGCGCCAUGUACUGCCAGAUACAGCGCUACCAGCUCCGCAAGCAGGGUCUCGAGAUGUUGGACGAGCUGCUCCGCAUCAAUGGACUGUUCGAUGCGGUGCAGUACAGCCUGUUUAACGGGUUCCUCGGUCUGCACAUGGGUGGCAUGGGUUUCGCCGAGUUGACGGCGGACUCUCCGAUGGGCGGCGGAGGAGGGCGAGCUGAAUAUUGGCAGCAGCAGGGAGCGGGACACGUGCUGGACAAUCUCAACAUGAUCACUGCCUACCAGAAGGCGGAUAUUCUAAUCGCCCAGUCCAAGAUUAUCGAGUGGUCAGUGGGCGAGCUGCAAAAGUACGUGAACCAAGACCGGAUCAACGGGCGACACAGGACACACGGAGAGAAGGACACUUCCAAUCUCGGCACGUACGUCUUUCUGAAGAAGCUGCCCCGCGCCCGGUUCCUGCUGAGCAUCUUCGGCAUUCUGUCGCGCAAGUACGAGGCCAACGAGCUCAGUCUGUUGAUCAACGCCGGUAUUCUCGGCAGCAUUAUGGGGCUGCUGCGCCAAACCGGCACCGAUAUGCCGAGCAGCAAGAACACUUCCGACACCUCGGUCAUCUACGAGGAUGUCGUUACGAAUCUCAAAUCUUCGAAGGAAGUGCUGUCUGGACCGGAGCUUUCGAAGUUUAUGAAAAUCGGCACCAGAAUAGCGCGUGGCGCCGACUGGAAGUGGGGCGAACAGGAUGGCCCCGGUGGCGAAGGGCGCAUCAUCGGUGAAAUCGGUGAAGAUGGCUGGGUUCGCGUUGAAUGGGACAAUGGCUCUACCAACUCGUACCGCAUGGGCAAGGAAGGAAAGUACGAUUUGCGCCUGGCCGACAGUGCGCUUAAGGCACUCUCGCCGGACAAGGACAGCGAGCGGGAGGACUUUAGUGAGCAGCAGACGGGAAACGAAUCACACCCAACGAAACUGCUGCGCAACGUGUGCGUCAAAACGCUCCAGAUGCUGUUUGCUUCCGUGGGGCUGCACGCGGAAAAAAUGGAGCGAAACGCGCUCCGUGGAGUCGCCUCCAUGUUCCGCACAAUGUUGCAACCGAUGUCAAUCGAUAGCCGCUCGAGCUGCCCUUCCACGGUACCGACACUCCCUCCGUACAGCUUCGGAUUGGAACAGUGGACGGUGUUGGGCUUCCUGCGAGCCAUUUCGUCCUCGCCCGCGCUCUCCCGCCAGCUAACGACCCCGAUCUGGAUCGAGCUGGUGUUUGGCAUCCUCAAUGCACCGAUCGCCAACAAGAAGGAUGUUUACAAGAAGCUACACUGCUUACGGCUCCUGCAGAGCACACUCGUGAAUUGGACGCACGAAGAGCGGUCACGAACCGAGCCGGUCGUUGAGCAGCUGUUUGACGUGCUGGGGCGCAUCUCGCUGACGUGUCCGAACGAUACGUCCCUGCUGGCCGGUGGUCUGUCCCCGGCCGACGCCAAAUCGCGAGUACUGUACAGCGCAUCGCACAGUGGCACGGUGGCCGAAGAGCUGGUACUGUUGGUUCGCAAGCUCCACACGCUGGCCCUCUGGAACGAGACGAUCAAUUCGUUCAUCCAGCAGAAACUGUGCCUGACGGCCGAAGUGCUGCUGGCGAAUGAGAUGGAGUGCGCCAUCGUGACGGAGGUCGACAAGCGGGCCAUCAUGGGUACGCUCGGUACGAUCGGGGGUUGCGAUUCGCGGCCUCGCAUCGGCCUGAAUCUAACACUGGACGGGGUGCGUGGCACGAUAUCGCGCCUCACGAAAAAGGGCAAGGUGGUGAUGAACGUGCACUCGGGGGCCGAAACGAAAAAGAUCCCCAUCUUCAAGGUGGCCGAGUGUGCGGACGUCGGAGCAUUCAGUUUGUCACGGGUCCCCAUCAACGAGAUGCUGCUCAACUCGUGCGCCGUCCUCUUCUACGGUGUCGGGCAGCUCGCCCCGUACGCUGGCGGAUCGCUCGUCGGCACUGCGGUAGCGGUGUCCAUGCUACAGAAUCAACAGAUCCAUUUCGCAGCCCUGAAGGCUACCAAGGUGCUGUUCCGGAACCAGAACCUCCUGCGGCGCAUUCUACGUCAACGAUCGCCCGGUCUCGGGAGGAGCGUUUCACGCGAAAGCGUUUCCUCCGAGCGCGAUCCGGACAGCCCGGAUCCGGAUGGUAAGGGGCAUCGCAGUAGCGAAUCGAACACUUCGGAUGAAUCGCAACCGUACUACGCGGCCGAACUGCUCAUACAAACCAUUCUGCUACGCGCGACACAGCCGAGUCCGCUGAAGGCUUGCUACACGUACCAGGAGAUGGAGCUGGCGGCGCUCAACAUUUCCCAGAUGCUGGCCAGUCACGUCCACAGCAGCACCACCGCAGUCCAGGAGGCAACGGCGGUAAACGCUGGCGGGGCCACCAAUUCCCGGCGUUCAACUUGUGCACUGGGAGGCGCUCAACCGACCAUGAUCCACGGUGUGCCGGUUUACAAUAACAACGAUUCGCCGUCACUCACGAGCGAUCUUCCGGGGACACCCGGAGGUGGUGGACGGCGGACCAACAACAACUCAUCGUCGUCGGGCUUCGUCGCACCAACUCCGCUCGUGUCGCAAAUCAUGGAGAUGGGUUUCACGCGCAAAUCGGUCGAGGUGGCGUUCAAAAGCCUAAUGCAGCAGAACGAGCAUGGCUGCCCGACGGCCGAACAGGUUGUCCAGUGGAUCCUGGAACACCCGGACGUGACGGCUAGCCUGGGACUGUCGGAGAAGUGCACCGAACACGAUCACCACGAUCGCACCGUGCACAGUGACACCGAGAGCGUCAGCUCGGACACGAUGGAGGGCUCGUCGCAGCAGGACUGCGCCACCGGAUUGGCCAGCGCCACCGCUGGUACGCAGUACAAGUUUCGGGAGGACUUUAAAUCGGCCGACCUGUACGCCAUGUACGUGCGGGGCCUCGUAUGUCCCGGCAUGUUGGUGCGCUGCUGCCAGGACUUUGAGGAAAUUCGCAAAGGUGACCUCGGGACGGUGCUAAAGGUGGAACCGGAAAGUCUGCACGACCUGAACGUGCGCGUCGACUGGCAGAUGCACAACCGGCCGUACUGGAUGUGCUUCGUGCACCUGGAGCUGCUCGAACCACCGGCCCCGACCCCGGAUGGGGCACCCGGGUGUGACAUUAUGAUCGGGGCCCACGUGCGUAUACUGCGAUCGGACACGCAAAACUACCUAAGUCGCUUCUCGUCCGUGCCCCUGGGAGCAACCGGGGUGGUAAAGUCGCUGAUCGGUUCGGAAGCGACCGUCGAGUUCCCGCAGCAAACGAUGUGGACGGGCAGCGUCAGCGAACUGGUGCUACUUUCGAACCCAACCAACAGCUACGGUUCCGUGGGUCCGGCCGGGGCCCUUUCGUUCGGUGGUGGUGCGUUCGAUAUCAUCGACGAUUGGUCGCGCUGCAUCCGGUCGCUGGCGGUUUCGUCGAACGAAGCGUCGGCCAAGUAUCUGCUCGAUCGCAGCGCCAACAGUUACUGGCAAAGUGCCAGCAGUUCGCCCCAGAGCAAGCACUGGAUACGGCUCGAGAUGCACGAUCAGGUGCUGAUCCAGUCGCUCACGAUGCACGUCGACCCGGACGAUUUCUCGCACAUGCCCUCGCUGGUGGUGAUCCGGGUUGGUGACUCGAUCGCGACGCUCAAGGAGAAGUGCUACGUGCUGAUCAACCCCACGGACGUCGCGGUGCCCCUGAUGGCGGACUGCCGCCAGUACUACGCGUUCAUCGAGAUUUUCAUCAAACAGUGCCGCAACAAUGGCAUCCAGUGCAAGGUGCACGGGCUUUCGAUCGUGGGCAAACGCCGCCAGACAGACCUGGAGAUGACGCUGCAGAGUGCGGGCUUUAUGGCGUCGGAAAACGAACCGAUUGCUGAACCGAGCUACUCGACGUCCUCGAACUACACCGACGAGCCAGCGCUGAACGAACUGUCGUCCAAGGUGCUGGUGUGGGGCCUGAAUGAUAAGGAGCAACUGGGCGGACUGAAGGGCUCCAAGGUGAAGCUUCCGACGUACUCGUCCGUGUUGAGCCAACUGAAGCCGAUCCACAUUGCGGGCGGCUCGAAGUCGCUGUUCAUCGUGUCGCAGGACGGGAAGCUGUACGCGUGCGGCGAGGGCACCAAUGGGCGGCUAGGGCUUGGGCACAACAACAACGUUCCCACCCCGAAGCAGGUCCCGAUCCUGAGCCAGUACGUCGUCAAGAAGGUGGCCGUCCACUCGGGCGGCAAGCACGCAAUGGCCCUCACGCUCGACGGGAAGGUAUUCUCGUGGGGCGAAGGCGAAGACGGUAAGCUGGGCCACUACAACCGGUUGACGUUGGAGAAGCCAAAGCUGAUCGAGACGCUGCGCACGAAACGGAUACGCGACAUUGCGUGCGGCUCGAGUCACAGUGCAGCGAUUACGAGUUCCGGCGAGCUGUACACCUGGGGUCUGGGUGAGUACGGUCGGCUCGGGCACGGCGAUAACUGCACGCAGCUGAGGCCGAAACAUGUGACGGCCCUACAGGAUCAUCGAGUGGUGCAGGUGGCCUGCGGUAGCCGUGACGCUCAAACGCUCUGUCUGACCGAGGAGGGGCUGGUGUUUUCCUGGGGUGACGGUGACUUUGGCAAACUUGGCCGUGGCGGAUCCGAGGGGUGCUCCAUCCCGCACCAGGUGGACCGGCUGAACGGUGUCGGGGUGGUGCAGAUCGAGUGCGGAGCUCAGUUCAGCCUGGCGCUCACUAAGGCCGGUGAGGUGUGGACGUGGGGCAAAGGCGAUUACUACCGAUUGGGCCACGGAACCGAUCAGCAUGUCCGCAAACCGACCCCUAUCCAGGGACUGCGCGGCAAGAAAGUUAUCCACGUGGCCGUCGGAGCCCUGCACUGCCUCGCGGUCACCGACGGCGGGCAGGUGUACGCCUGGGGAGACAACGACCACGGGCAGCAGGGAUCGGGCAAUACGAUUGUGAACAAGAAACCCAGCCUGGUGCUCGGACUGGACGGGAUCUUUGUUAAUCGCGUGGCGUGCGGUAGUUCGCACUCGGUUGCCUGGAGCCUGCCGCAGAACCAGACGGAGAAGGACAAAAAGGAGCCGGUACCGUUCGCCGUGGCUAAGGACCCGCUCGGAAGCCACAGUUUGGGGAUUUACGCGUCGGAAACGGAGGCGACCACGUCCUCCCCGCUGCCGGUGCUGACCGGUGCUAAUCGGCAGCAAAGGCCCUCGCUGUCGGAGAUUGUGCUGUCGCUCGAAACCUACGGGGCCCGCCAGGCGGCCCUGUCGCAUAUUCUCAACGCGAUGAGCAUUCUGCACGCACGCUCGUGCAUCAUUGCGGCCCUGACGUGCCACUCGCAGCUCUCGGCGAUCGACAAAAUGGGCCUGUGUGGCGGUGGGGCCACUGGCACAUUGGGCCUCUGUGGGGCUGAUCCAUCCACUGCGCCGCGGCCAGUUUCGCCCAUAUCGGAAACGGACGAGCCGUCCGACACGAAAGCAGCGGUACCGAACGAUGCGCUGCUGCAAAACGAAACCAUCGCCCACGGUGGUGGCGAAGGACCGGCCGAUAUCGCGGGACUAACCGUGGCCCAACAGCAUGAGUUCAUUGACGGCGAUAUUCCGAUCAUCUCGGGCAUGAACAAUACGCUUGGAGCGUACCGCAGUUUAACCGGUUCGCUUUCGCUGUCCGCCUCGAUUUCCAGCUGCAACGCGACGCAACGACACUCGAAGAUGUCGGCGAGUGCCAUGUCUGUUAUGGCGGCUACCAUGACCCAUCAGGACGAGAUAAUAAACGACAUUGGCAGUGGCGGUGCUGCAACCGGUGCUAACGCCAGUGCGAACAGUGACAGUUUGGACGAUUUCACCGCACUCCUGGGCGAACCGGAAGCCAAGCACCUGAUAGAACUGCUGAAGCUGAGCGUCUUUGGACGAACCGGAUCGGCAAGCACAGCCGAAACAAUCGCCAGCACGUUGAUCGCGUUGGCCAAAGCGAACGGUACGAUCGCAAACAUGCUGCUCGAGACGUGCAUCACGGAACUAGAGGAUCUGUGUACUUCGCGCCACUCCCUCGGGAAGCUCCCGAAACCGGUCGUCCAGGAGACGAGUCAUCCGUACAUCGACGACAUCAUCCUUGUGGGUCACGUGAAAAUUCCGGGCGCCGAGUCUCUGAGGAUCGAGUUCGAUAGCCAGUGUUCGACGGAGCGUCGCAACGAUCCGCUCAUCAUCAUCGACGGUUCGGGCAACGUGGUGGCCACCCGUUCCGGACGCGAGUACGCCCAGUGGGCCCAAGAGAUACGGAUCCCGGGUGACGAGAUGCGCUGGAAGUUUACAAGCGACAACUCCGUCAACGGCUGGGGCUGGCGCUUCUACGUGCACGCGGUUAUGCCCGAGUCGUACCUGCAGGAGCUGGGCUCGGAUCGUACCGUCCUCUCGCAGCCCUCGAUUGCACUCGUGAUGGCCCUGCUCGAUGCGCUGCCAGUUCCGGCGGCCUCCGCCGCCGGCAGCGUGCUACUGCGGCUCACGUCGGCUCUCUCGCAGUGUGCCCAACUCAGUUCGCUGACCGUCGCGCAGCGCAUUUGGUCACUGAAGAAGAUGCAUCAGCUACUGUGCGCCGGCAGCGCCGCGAAGGAUGGCACUCCACGGCCACCGACGGACGGGACGGUGCUGGAAAUCCUGACGCCCCUCAUGCCGAUCAUCCUGCGGCAGUACGACUACGAAGAGCCACAGGUACGCAGCGGUAUCCAUCUGAUGCACUCGGAGUACUUCAAGUCCUUGGUGGCGCUCGCGUGCGACAUGUACAUGGACAUACUGCUGGUGCCCACAUCGGAUCCUCACCGCUGGGCCUGGUUCCGGCGGUAUUGUGCGGCGGUGCGUGUUGCCCAGGCCCUUAUCCGCCGCACGCAGCUGCCGCCUUCGUUCUGUGUGGAGGUGCGCAAGAAGCUGGCCGAGAUCGCGUCCCCUUCAUCAACCGUCGCUGCCGUGGCCACUUCAUCCGGUAGCUCCGGUAGCUGUGGACUCGCGGUCGGAUUGGGAACCAGCGGUGCCACUGGACCGCAUUCGCUAGUAUUCGAUCUGUCCGGUGGUGCCACCGUGUGUAGCAGUAGCACGACGAGCAGCAGCAGCACUGCGACCGGCACCACCACCGUUACGGCCGCGAGCACCAUCAGUCAGCAGAGUUUCGCCGACAGCGAACCGGCCGGGCCACCGGCCCUGGACAGCGGCGCAAAGUAUUUGCACGAAGAUCACGGAUACUUUACACCCCAGUACGACUCGCAGCUGCUACAGUGGUUCAAUCGACGCCCAGAGGACUGGGCCUUCUCGUGGGGUGGCGCGAGUACCAUCUUCGGCUGGGGACACAAUCACCGCGGUCAGCUCGGUGGGUUGGAUGGGAGCCGUAUCAAGAUGCCGACGCCGUGCGAGGCGCUCAGUUUGCUUCGCCCCAUCCAGAUUGCCGGCGGCGAGCAGACACUCUACGCCGUGACUCCCGACGGGAAGCUGUACGCGACCGGGUACGGUGCGGGUGGCCGCCUGGGUGUGGGCGGAACGGACUCCGUGUCGACACCUACCCUCGUCGAAUCGCUACAGCACGUGAUGAUCAAGAAGGUGGCCGUCAACUCGGGCGGCAAACACUGUCUGGCGCUCUCGUCCGACGGAGAGGUGUUUUCGUGGGGCGAAGGCGAAGACGGUAAGCUGGGUCACGGCAAUCGGGACAGCUACGACCGGCCGAAGCUGAUCGAAGCCCUGUCCGGAAUCGGUGUGAUCGAUAUCGCGUGCGGCAGUGCGCACUCGGCCUGCAUCACUUCGCAGGGACACGUGCUGUCGUGGGGGAAGGGGCGGUACGGGCGGCUCGGGCACGGUGACUCGGAGGACCAGUUACAGCCGAAGCUGGUGGAGGCGCUGCUCGGCUACCGGGCGAUCGAUAUCGCGUGUGGCUCGGGGGAUGCACAAACGCUCUGCAUCACCGACGACGAUAACGUGUGGAGCUGGGGCGACGGUGACUACGGGAAGCUAGGCCGGGGCGGAUCGGACGGGUGUAAGGUGCCGAUGAAGAUCGAAAGCCUGGCCGGGCUGGGCGUCACGAAGGUGGAGUGUGGCUCGCAGUUUUCCGUAGCCCUCACGCGCUCCGGGAGCGUGUACACGUGGGGCAAGGGAGACUACCAUCGGCUCGGUCACGGCAACACGGACCAUGUUCGCCGCCCGAAGAAGGUGGCCGCCCUGCAGGGCAAGAAGAUCAUCUCGAUCGCGACCGGAUCGCUGCACUGUGUGGCCUGCAGCGACGGAGGCGAAGUGUACACCUGGGGCGACAACGACGAGGGCCAGCUGGGCGACGGAACGGUGUCGGCCAUCCAGCGGCCUCGGCUGGUGCAGUCCCUGCAGGGGAAGCACAUUGUGAAGGUGAUUUGUGGCUCGGCACACACGCUGGCCCUCUCGACGUACCAGCUGAGCGAAGCGGUCCGACCGCCACCGUCGCCACCGCUCGAGUACGACCUGGUGCGGGACAUUGCGCCGGAAGUGUUGCAUGCGCGGCUCGUGUUACUCCACCACUUCUCCGAGCUGCUGUGUCCGUGUCUAGCCAUGCUGCCCAUUGCGGGGUCCCUGUCGCUCGCGUCCCUCAAGGAUGUGCUCGUGUACUCGAUCAAGGAGACCGGCUUCCGGAAGGUCAUCCAGACGACGAUGGUGCGCGACAAGCCGCACGGUCCCGUCAUCGAGCUCAACCGGAUCCAGGUGAAACGAUCGCGCAUGCGCUCCGGCAACGGGCUGGCCGGGGUCGACGGGAUGAAGAGCGUGUUCGGUCAGAUGGUCCAGAAGCUGCCGCUGCUCACGCAGGAAGCCCUCUCGAUGCCGCACCGCGUCUGGAAGGUGAAGUUUGUGGGCGAAAGCGUUGACGACUGUGGGGGCGGGUUCAGCGAGUCGAUCGCGGAGAUGUGCGACGAGCUGCAGAAUGGGAGCAUCCCGCUGCUGAUACAAACGCCGAAUGGGCGCGGCGAGGCUGGCGCCAACCGGGACUGCUUCCUGCUCGACCCGACCCUCACCUCUGUGCUGCACAUGAACAUGUUCCGGUUUCUCGGUGUCCUAAUGGGGAUCGCCGUGCGGACCGGGUCACCGUUGAGUUUGAAUCUGGCCGAACCCGUGUGGCGGCAGUUGGCCGGAGAAGCACUGCGGCCGUCCGAUCUGACGGAAGUGGAUCGCGACUACAUUACUGGGUUGCUGUACAUUCGCGACGUCGAGAGUGACCCGAAAGUGUUCGCCUCCAUCGAGCUGCCCUUUUCUACGCCCUCCGCCAAAGGGCACGAAGUUCCUUUAUCGACAAAAUACAACAAAAUUACGCCCAAAAACCGUGCCGAGUACGUCAAGCUGGCCCUCAACUAUCGCAUCCACGAGUUCGACGAGCAGGUGAAGGCGGUCCGCGACGGUAUGUCGAAGGUGAUUCCGGUGCCCCUGUUGUCGCUGUUCUCUGCGGCCGAGCUGCAGGCGAUGGUGUGCGGUUCGCCCGACAUCCCGCUCUGUCUGCUGAAGACGGUCGCCACGUACAAGGGUGUCGAGUCGACGGCCCCACUCGUCCAGUGGUUCUGGGAGGUCAUGGAAGAGUUCACCAACCAGGAACGCUCGCUGUUUCUACGCUUCGUCUGGGGCCGAACCCGAUUGCCGCGCACGAUCGCCGACUUCCGGGGGCGCGACUUUGUGCUGCAGGUGCUCGACAAGUACAAUCCGCCCGAUCACUUUCUGCCCGAGAGCUACACCUGCUUCUUUCUGCUGAAAAUGCCGCGCUACUCGUGCAAGGCCGUUUUGCAAGAGAAACUAAAGUACGCGAUCUACUUUUGCAAAAGCAUCGACACGGACGAGUACGCCCGGGUGGCCAUCGGUGAUCCAACAGAAGCGACCGGCAGUGAAGACAACAGUGACAUUGAAUCCGUGCUCUUCUAA